CUGGACCCCUGGGUGACGGACGGCUGCGUCGGGAAGCGAGCGGAGCCCCGCGAGCCGUGGUUCACGUGGCCUGCCGGAGGCGGCGGCGGGAGGCGCGCCGGCCUCCAGCGGUGCCCCUGACUCGCGGGCCCGCCGUGGGGAGGAGCCGCGGCCACUCGCCGGUCGCCUGAGGCGGCAGCUGCUGUAGCUCUGUCGCGUCCACCACGCUCCCGGGACUCGCCGGCCCUGGAGAGAAUUAAACGAAGUAGGUUCCUGUCUUUCCUUUCUGUCGGCUUGUAUCGGAGUCUCGUGGUGUGUGGGGGACGUGAACAUUCCAGCCGGGCUGAACUUUAAAACUUUAGAGGGUGCACAGAAGAUUUCCGGCCUGAUUAUCAUCAGUGUAGUCUUAAGAUUACUUAAUCAAGUACCCAGCCUUGGUUGUUGGGCCUGCCUUCCCUUGCUUUAGGCACUGAUUUUCCCACAUCAGUCAUCUAUUCUGACAUCAGAAAUGUUGCUGAAAUACGGCUGAGAGCCAGAGAUGCAAGGAUUUGGGACACAAUUUGAACCUUUAAGCUGUCUGACAUUGACCUCCUUUCAUUAUUAAUAAAGAAGAAGCAGGAGCUUAGGAUGUAUUAAUACCAUUUCAUUAAUAUACUAACCGGACAAUGUUCUGCAACAAUUCUACAUUGUAAAGAACUGGACUGGCACAAAAUAAAAUAAUUUCAUAUUUUACCCAGCUUGUAAUAUGACUCAAUGGAGGAAAAUUUGAUAAGUAUGAGGGAAGAUCAUUCUUUUCUUGUUCGUUACAGAUGAAAUCACUUUUUCUGGGAUGUAUUUCAAAAGAUUCGGGUUGAAGAGUGAGGAGCGAAACAGAUAUGAAACAUUGAAAAUACUAAUGGAAGCUUCUUGCCUAGAACUGGCAUUGGAAGGGGAACGACUGUGUAAAUCAGGAGACUGUCGUGCUGGUGUGUCAUUCUUUGAAGCUGCAGUUCAAGUUGGAACUGAAGACCUAAAAACACUUAGCGCUAUUUACAGCCAGCUGGGCAAUGCUUAUUUCUAUUUGCAUGAUUAUGCCAAAGCAUUAGAAUACCAUCAUCAUGAUUUAACCCUUGCAAGGACUAUUGGAGACCAGUUGGGGGAAGCCAAAGCUAGUGGUAAUCUGGGAAAUACCUUAAAAGUUCUUGGGAAUUUUGAUGAAGCUGUAGUUUGUUGUCAGCGACACCUAGAUAUUUCAAAAGAGCUUAAUGACAAGGUGGGAGAAGCAAGAGCACUUUACAAUCUUGGAAAUGUGUAUCAUGCCAAAGGGAAAAGUAUUGGCUACCCUGGUCCUCAAGAUGGAGGAGAAUUUCCGGAAGAGGUGAAGAAUGCUCUGCAGGCAGCCGUGGAUUAUUAUGAGGAAAACUUAUCACUAGUGACUGCUUUGGGCGACCGAGCCGCCCAAGGACGUGCCUUUGGAAAUCUUGGAAACACGCAUUACCUCCUUGGCAACUUUAGGGAUGCAGUUAUAGCUCAUGAGCAGCGCCUCCUUAUUGCAAAAGAAUUUGGAGAUAAAGCAGCUGAAAGAAGAGCAUAUAGCAACCUUGGAAAUGCGUAUAUAUUUCUUGGUGAAUUUGAAACUGCCUCUGAAUACUACAAGAAGACACUACUCUUGGCUAGACAGCUUAAAGACCGAGCUGUAGAAGCACAGUCUUGUUACAGUCUUGGAAACACAUAUACUUUACUCCAAGACUAUGAAAAAGCCAUUGAUUAUCAUCUGAAGCACUUAGCAAUUGCUCAAGAGCUAAGUGAUAGAAUUGGUGAAGGAAGAGCAUGUUGGAGCUUAGGAAAUGCAUACACAGCUCUAGGAAAUCAUGAUCAAGCAAUGAAUUUUGCUGAAAAGCACUUGGAAAUUUCAAGAGAGGUUGGCGAUAGAAGUGGUGAACUAACAGCACGACUGAAUCUCUCAGAUCUUCAAAUGGUUCUUGGUCUGAGCUACAGCACAAAUAAUUCAAUAAUGUCUGAAAAUAUUGAAAUUGGUAACAGUUUGCAUGGUGCACGACGUAAGUUUGAACGCCGACACAGUAUGGAAAACAUGGAACUUAUGAAGUUAACACCAGAAAAGGUACAGAACUGGAACAGUGAGAUUCUUGCUAAACAAAAACCUCUUAUUGCCAAACCUUCUGCAAAGCUACUGUUUGUCAACAGACUGAAGGGGAAAAAAUACAAAACUAAUUCUUCCACCAAAGUUCUCCAAGAUGCCAGUAAUUCCAUUGAUCACCGAAUUCCGAAUUCUGAGAGGAAAAUCAGUGCAGAUACUAUUGCUGAUGAAGCGUUCUUUGACCUAUUAAGCCGAUUUCAAAGCAAUCGGAUGGAUGAUCAGAGGUGCUGCUUACAAGUAAAGAAUUGUGGGACAGCUUCAGCUGCAACUUCUUCCACUCCCCCUAGAACGAUGCUAAAAACGCCAUCUGUUCCUACAGUGUCUCCCAACACGGAUGAGUUUUUAGAUCUUCUUGCCAGCUCACAGAGCCGCCGGCUGGAUGACCAGAGGGCCAGUUUCAGUAAUUUGCCAGGGCUUCGUCUGACACAACACAACAGUCAGUCAGUAAUUAGCCACCUGAUGACUCAUGACAACAAAGAGCCCGAUGAAGACUUCUUUGACAUCCUUAUAAAAUGUCAAGGAUCCAGAUUAGAUGAUCAAAGAUGUGCACCACCACCUGCUGCCACGGAAGGCGCAACUGUACCAGAUGAAGACUUUUUUAGCCUUAUUUUACGGUCUCAGGCAAAAAGAAUGGAUGAACAGAGAGUUCUUUUACAAAGAGAUCAAAACAGAGACACUGAAUUUGGGUUACAGGAACUUCUGCAAAGUAAUGCUUUGUUGGAAUUUCAAAAUUCAGGGAAAAAGUAAACCACUAGUUACAAUGGAUAUUUUUUUUAAAACAACCUUAGCUUCCUGUCCGAACACUGCAGGGAAAUUCAAUCUAUUACUUUUUUCCUUAAAAGGAGAAAUUAUAGCACUGUAAUAUAGCUUGAAAUGUUGUUAGAAUGAUGUAAAUAACCUUUGAAAGUAUAGUACUAAAUUACACUCCUCUGGACAUUCGUCUUGGUAGCGAUGUCUGACAAGGUGCUUUCAGGUCCAUGAUGACGAUCUUUGGCGCUUGUCAAGUUCCUUUGCUUAGCGUUUUUAAAAUAGAAAAUUAAAUGAGUACAGAUGAGAAUUUGAUUCUCUUGGUAAUUUAAAAAAUCUGUCAUAUUUUAUACUUCACCAUAGAUGUAGUGAGAAAUUAUGCUGUUUAGUAAAAAUAAUAUACUUAAUCAAUGUGUAAAGAAAAUUACACAGUUUUUUUAAGUCUAGAUUUUUUUUCACUAAGAAAAUCUUUUACUGUAUUUUUAGGCCACAGCCAUUAAAAAGAUGCUCUUGAAAAUAAAAAAUAAAUUUUUA